AACGUCACAAAGGCAUUCACGUAUAAUUGUCACGACAUGGGAUUCCUCGAGUGAAAUGAAGUGUUUUCUGGUGAGGUGAGCGGCGAUAGCCUUGUGAUAACUUUUCACGGACUUAAUUGUAUGUUAACGGAGCUUGCCGAAAUUCAAACAUGAAGAAGAACAGGCUUCGAUCUCCGAAAGCGUCCGAACGCCAAAAAGAGGUAAUCGUCGAAUAUUUCGAGGAAAAUCCCCAGGCGCUUAGAAUUCUCAAUGGAACUGAUAACCGAGCAAAACAGAGAGUUUGGAUUGAAUUGACACACAAGCUCAACUCACUCGACGGAGCAUUGAAAACCACCUCAAAAUGGGGUAAAUAUUGGAAUGAUAUUAUCAUCUACACAAAAACCCGUGCGAAAACUUUUAUUUCGGGCGAGUGCCGAUGUGACCGGCCGCCAACUGAAACUGAGCAACGAAUAUUAACUUUAAUUGGCCAAUUGAGCCUUUUGAAAAUGUGGCAACAAGUAUGGGAGAAAGGUGUCCAAAAGCAAGCAAUCGAAACGGUUGUGAUGAAAACUGAAAGUGUCGACCUUCAGAGUCACCAUUCUUCGGAAGAUGAUCUGGAUAUCGCGGAAUAUGAAACUAUGGUAAUAGACCCCCAUUCACCGGGGAGUAACGUACAUUCAAUCAGCGAACAUGAUAUCAAAGUAUCUACAAAUGAACCUACAGAAAGAAUCUUGAACACGAAGGAAGAAACCAACAAUGGCGAAAGAACGGAUGAGAAAGGAACCCAUGAUUUUGGAAGCAUUUUCAAAGAUGUUAGCUUUAUGGAAGAGUUGUCUGAAAAUGUUCGAGCUUUAGGGAAUAGUUUCAAUGCAAUGGGAGCGGCUUUUCAUAAUAUCGCCUCGCUGUUGGAGAGAUAUAACUCUAAAUGAAUUCUAGGCGAUAUCAAUCUUAGCAAUUCCAGUCUAUUUAAAAUAAGCAUUUACGUGAUAGGAAGUAUACAAGUGUACCAACAUAGGUUUAUCUACCAUUUUCCAUACAUAUUGCUGUAGCCUCACCUGUUCAAAAUAAAAAAUUCAAAUGCGGUUUUUUACA